AUGAACCAUUCGAGUUGUGAGCAAUAUUGUACAUUUGAUAAUAAUUUACUUUUAUUUGAAAAUGCCACAUCAGCACGAACAAGUGUAACGACGACGUCGAAUUAUGCACGAAAUCUACUAAUGAAGCUUUCAGCAAUGCGUGAUAAUGUCGAUUCAUGUGAUUUUCGUAUUGAUGUUAAUGGAAAACAAUUUCGAUGUCAUAAAUUCAUCUUAAUAGCAACAUCCGACUAUUUCAAAGCCAUGUUUAAUGGCGAUAUGAGUGAAAGUCAUGCGGAUUAUGUCGAACUGAAAGGUUUCGAAAAUUCGUCGAUCGGUAUCGAAUCUAUGAUUGAUUUUUGUUAUUCUGGUUUACUUCAUAUCACUUUUGAUAAUAUUGAUCAAUUAUUACAUGCUGCAACACAUUUACAAAUCCCUAAUGCAAUUGAUCUCUGCUCAAAAUUUCUGAUUAAUUCAUGUUUGAUAACCAAUUGUAUAGACAUAUAUAAAAUAGCAGAUUUAUAUUCGUUGACCAAUGUCUUCAAAUACGUUCGAAUGUUUAUAUCGAAGAAUUUUCUUUCAUUAAUGUUUCAAGCGCGUGAACAAUUCGAAGAAUUAACCUUCAAGCAAGUAUGUGAAGAAUUGUCGCGUGAUACGAUCGAAAUGCAAACGUACAGUGAAUAUGAUUUGUUUACAAUGAUUUGUGCGUGGAUUGAAGCCAAACGUACAGAGAGAGAACGAUAUGCUAUCGAAUUAUUUCGAUUAAUUCGAUUUAUGCUAAUGACACCCGAAGAACUAUGUGAUCGCGUUCGACAACAUGAGAUGAUCAAAUUGAAUGAAGAAUCGAGAAGAUUAGUUGAAAAUGCACUCUGUUAUUAUGCAUUACCAAAACGACAACCUCUGUUAAACGAUGUACAAUGCCAGAUAAGAAACGAAUCGGUCUUGGUGGCUGUUGGUGAAGUUGAAUUAUUUACAUUGAAUACAGCAUCCAACAGUUGGGAUCCACUUUGUCAUGCUCCAUUAGAAGAAAACUAUCCAUAUCCAUUUAGUGCAAUAGCUGUAAAUAAUUAUUUAUACGUACUUGGAACACGACGCUCCUCGUCUGAAGAAUAUAAAUCAUGCUAUCGGUUUUCAGCACGUACAUGUGAAUGGAUGAAAUUAGAAAAUCUUCUCCACGAUCGAUCGCGUUUCGCUGCAGCUCAUGUUGAUAAAUAUAUCUAUAUUAUGGGCGGAUUUGAAGGUUUCAAACGCACAACACGCAUUUAUGUCAACACAAUCGAACGAUAUUCUAUCGAGAAUGAUCAAUGGGAACUAUUUUCGAAUGACAGUCCUCAACUCUCCUCGCUUGCCGCAUGUACAUAUGAAAAUUUUAUAUACUUAGGUGGUGGAAAAAAUGGACAAUGGUCAAAAAUUGCUGAUUUUUAUUGUUUUUCAAUCGACAAAUGUCAAAUAGAGCGACGUGCAUCAAUGCUCAAUGCUCGCACAACUCAUGCAUUUCAUGUAUUCGAUAACAAAAUUCUUGCUAUCGGCGGUUUCGAUGAUGAUGGCAACGGUAUGCUAUCAAUUGAAAGCUAUGAUAUCCAAAGCGACCAAUGGACAAUCUUAACGUCUAUACCUGGUGCUAUAUCGAAAACAUGGCCACAAUCACUUGGUACUGUCAGUCGUCGGAUAUAUAUCUCCGUCUUUCACACGUCAAACUCGUUCAUGGUCAUGCAAGAAGGUUACUUUUUCGAUUUGGAGACUCAACAAUGGAUCAAAGCACCUGUUGUACAUGAACGUGCUCGCUAUUGUCCAACGGUGCAACUUCGAUUUCCAAGAAGAGUUCUUUCAGCACCGACUAUCACAUCAGCGAUUUCUCUAAUGAUGGAUAAUCAUUCGUCUUCGUCAUCACCGACCUCGUGUUUUCUUUUCGAAAAUACCAAUGGUUCGAUUUAUCCGAGUGAUUUAGUUUUAACAUUGAUGGAAGAUGGUUCAUCGCCAUCAUCAUUAAACUCAUCGACGAAUACAAAUGGAAGUUUGUCUCCUUCAUCAUCCCAUCAAUCACUUAGCAUAUUAUCAUCUAAUCAGAUGUCCUUUCCCUGUUGUGUAUUUCGUUGUCGACCUAAUUCACAUCCGUUCCAAGAACGUUGCAUUCCAUUAAAUGAAGCAGUUAAAAUUGGUCGAGCUGUCGCUCGUUUGAAAGCUCUUCCAAACAACGCGAUCUUUGAUUGCAAAGUUCUCUCGCGUCAACACGCCAAACUGUGGUAUGAAAACGGCAAAUUUUUGUUACAAGAUACAAAAAGUUCGAAUGGUACAUUUGUCAAUAAUCAACGAUUGGGUAAAUGUAAUGAAGAAAGUUUACCAUUUGAAAUCUUCUCUGGUGAUAUUGUUCAAUUUGGUGUUGAUGUUACUGAAAAUAAUCGUAAAACUACUCAUAAUUGUAUUAUUACUGAAGUCAAACUUUAUCAUAGUGACGGAAACGAAGCUCUACCUCGAAAUCCUACUGAUCGAUCGUUUGGUCAAGUUAAAGAAGUUGAUAUCAAUACUCAAAGCUUAUAUCAAUUAGCUCAAUAUCUUCAAGAAGCUAUGCAUCGUGAGCAGAUGCUCGAACAAAAACUAGAAUAUCUGCAGGGAGUUAUUCGUGAUACGCAACAAGCAUCAAACGAAGGUUGGCAAGCCAUUAUCGAUGAAGAUCGUCUACUAGCACGUAUCAGUUCACUGGAAGAUCAAAUUCGUAUCUAUCAUACUAAACAUCCGAAUGAAGAUGCUCCAACACAAGAGAUAGUCCAAUUAAAACAAUCACACACUAGAUUUGAGAAAGAAUUAAAAGAAAAACUCGAGAAAGCAAUACUGGAGAGAGCAGAUGCGAUUAGUCGUAAACAAUCCGAACAACAUAAACAGGAAAUUCAACAACUUGUCGAAUCUCUCGAUGAACAACGUUCUCGACUCGCUGACUUCGAACUCAAACAUAGAGAUUCACAAACUCGAUGUGCUGAUCUGGAAAAUGAACGACAACGGAUACAGAUCGAAUUCGAAACUUAUUACCAGAGAAUGCAUCAACUGGAAGAAUUACAAGCGCAACAGCAACAACAACAACAAAAAGCUCUGCUGAAUAACAAUGCCGAAGAAAUUCAUCAGAACGGUGUGAAUAGUAUUGAAACACACGGUCGAUUUCAAGUACAAUCCACAUCGAAAGAACUUAUUGUAAAUAACGAACAUUCAAAUAAUCUUGAUGAAAAUUCAAAUCCGAUUGAUGAUAACGGAUCAGAAAAACCAAAUCGAUCUUCGAGUUCACCUGAAGAACAAGAAACUAAUCAUCAACGUCAAACAAUCAUUCCAACAGUUCAUACCGAUGCAAUUUCAAAUCAUAAUCACAAAGAAGAAGAAGUUGAACAAGAAAACAAUCAAUCAAACGUUGAUAAUGUUAUUAACACAGAUGAACAAGAACUAGCGACUCCUUCUUCUUCUUCUACGAUUCCUCUCCUUAGUGAAGUAUCACCAGUAAAAGAUACAAACACUGAAAAUGAUUUGAAACUAAUCGAAGCUCAAAAUCAAUUAGAAUUACUUCGUGAAAACUUAAAUGCAACUAAAGAGCGGCUAGCUUCUAUGGAAGAUGCACAACGAAGUGAAGAAGAACGUUAUCGUUCUUUAACAUCUGAGUACGAUUCAAUACGUGAUGAACUUGUUCAAUUAAAACAGCGCUCGACGAAACAAACGAAUGAUAAUGAUCAAUUAAUUGAACAGCAACAACUCGAACUCAAGCAAUUAUCAAAAUCGAUUGUCUCGAAACAGAGUGAACAUAAUCAAUUACUUAGUGUUUAUCUCUGUUUUUUUCUUUCAUGUUAUUUGCUCAUUUUCUUUCUUUUCUUUUGUCUUUUAUCAUGGUGA